AAAGCUACCGCCAAAAAAUUGUAAAAAGUGGCCACAAUUUCCUUCCGUUUACCUCCCGUCUCAACGGGCUUACGUAUUUAAAUACAGUCGUUUUCCGGCUUCCACGAAUUCUCAUCUUAUCUGUAAAAGCUGCUAAUUGUUCCCUUAAAUUACGUUUUAGAACGGCCAACAAACCCGCCAUCUGAAUUUUUUUCCCAGGCCUGCAGAUCGAAAGAAUCCCAACUUUUUUAUUGUAAAUAAUGGCGGGGGUGGCCGAAAAAUUGAAAGAGCAGGGCAAUGCAAGCUACAGAAGAGGGCGCUACAAGGCAGCAAUUGAGUUCUAUACCGAGGCAAUAACCUUAUACCCUGACAGAAUAAUUUAUUGGACAAACAGAGCACUUUGUUACAAGAAGCUCAAAGAUUGGAAGCGAGUUGAGGCUGAUUCUAGGAAGGCUUUGGAGCUUGACAACCAGUGUGUUAAGGCCCUUUACCUGCUUGGUUUAGCUAUGCUUGAGAGCAAGCAAUAUGUUGAAGCAAUUAGCCUUCUUAAUAAGGCAAUGGAGCUGAGCAAAGUGGAAAAACUUAUUGAUUAUUUUGUAUAUAGUAGGGAUGCACUAGCCAAAGCACAAUAUGAAGAAUGGGAACAUGCUUCCACCCUUCGGAUACAAAGGCAACAAGAACUGAGGGAAAUUUGUGAAAGGGCUAUAAAAUUAGAUCAUGAUGAGGCUGUUAAAAAUUUAGAAUCAGCAUCAGGAAAAUCAAAUGACAGUGUUAUUGUUAUAGAUGAUGAGACUCAUCAUGAAGACAUACAUAAAUUUUCAGUUCGAAGAGCUCAAGCACAAGAACAUCAGCAAAGGAUUAGGAGGUCCAAAAGAGCAGAGUAUUUGAGUACGAUGUAUCUGGAAAGAUGUCACACUCUUUCUGAAGUGUUUGAUAAGGCAGCUCAGUGUGAUAUACCAUCAGAGAUUCCAGAUCACCUGACAUGUAGAAUAACAUUGGGUAUAUUAAGUGACCCUGUAAUAACUCCUAGUGGCAUAACAUAUGAAAAAUCUUCUCUUCUGGAGCAUCUUCAGAAGGUUGGAGAAUUUGAUCCAGUUACCCGAGCACCACUGCUAGCUGAACAAAUUAUACCCAAUUUUGCCAUCAAAGCAGCUGUAAGGGCUUAUCUCAAGGAGAAUGCUUGGGCAUAUGAACAUGAAUAAGAAUACUAUUUGGGAACAGAAGGAUCUUGUAUUAUGGACAUAAAUGUCUGCCAUUUCCAAAGGGUAAGAUUCUAGAGUUAGUUUUUUCGUUGAGAUACAGUUUUGAUAGGCAUAUAAUAUAUGAAACAAGUUCUGGUCUUGGACAGAUAUAUUUAUUUUUAAUUUUUGCAAACAAGCAAAUGGAUAAUAGAUUUCUGUAAACAUAAAUUCUAGAAAAAAUGUUAUCGAAGCACAGGUUCACCUAUCUGACAGGAAUCCUAGCAGGUUGUUUUGAGUUGAAAUUUGUUUUGGAAACAAAAAGAACAGAACGUUAUAGUUCAGACCAACGUAGGAGCUAUCUGAAUAGUCUUGGGCAAUUUGUCCUUGUGAAUGGCAAAAUCAAACAGCUCACAUUGAUCAGGAGUAUGAAUUGAAAAUAUGCAUAUACAAGAGAAUUUUUCCAUUAAAUUAUUUGUCUCCAGUGGUUCUGCUAUUAGAAUCCAUACCUCUAAAGGAGAGAAGGUUCAUGAAAAUGUGGCACGUUAUCUUAGACAAUGGGAUCUCAAGUAAUUUUCUUCAUCUGCCUGGUUCUAGAGUGUGGGUUGAUUUCUCACAUUAGAGUAGCCUUUGAUGGCUAUAUGCAGCGUCUCUGUUCUUUAAAAUCUUGGGCAGGAAAAUUUCUCAGUAUCCAACGUCAUUGAGAGGAUGAAUUCUCUUAUUCUACUUUGAAACUGAAAGAAUGCAAUUUACAUUUAUACAGAUUGCGUUUUUAGUCCAGAUGUAAGAUGUGAGCAGCAAAUACAUUCUGAUUCAGAUGAAAGUGUAGCAACUAGCACAGAAACAGUCCAUUCGUUUGUGUCUUUAAUGUUUGUCCGAAAAAGUGAGAAUAAAUAUUGCUGUAAUAUAAAUUCCUUUC